GCACUGGAGCUCGGGCGGGCGCUGAUUGGCUGGCGCGGGGUCCCAGCGCCGUUAACGGCAGCCGUGGCAGCUGCCGCGGCUUCAAAACAAAGGAGGCGGCGGCGCCGAGGGAGCGGAGCUAGGAGCGAGCGGCUGGGGAUGUCUCGGGCUCUGCUGAGGCCCCUGUGGCCGGGCCGUUUCCCUCGGACGGCCGCCCCCAUAUGAACGAGCUCCGGCGGCGGUGGCGGCGCUGGCGCUGGCCCUGGGCGGGCUGAGGACGGGCGGGCGGCCCCUGCAUGGACACAGCGGAGCCUCGGCGGGGUUUCCUCCUUCUCCCCCUUUUGCUGCAACCACCGCCGCUGCUGCCACCGCACGUAGGGGCAUCCCCGGAGCCCGCCCCGGGCCCACGCCACUGCUGCCGCCGCCGCCGCCACCACCCCCGCGGGGAGCUCGCCGGGCCGCUGCGGUGGUGACAGUUUCUCUCGUGACGUCGGUGUGGAGAGGGCCACACGCCCUUCCCAACAACAACAACGGCUUUUGCUUGCUUAUUCCAGUGUUUCUUUUGUCAGCGAGUCCAGCAAAGUUGUCAUUCUGGGCCUGCCAGCCCCGAGCUGAGCGACGGGCCCCCGGCAGAGAUGGUUAAGAUGACAAAGUCCAAAACUUUCCAGGCUUACCUGCCCCACUGUCACCGCACUUAUAGCUGCAUUCACUGCAGAGCCCAUCUGGCCAACCAUGACGAGCUGAUCUCUAAGUCUUUUCAGGGGAGCCAGGGACGGGCCUACCUCUUUAACUCUGUGGUAAAUGUGGGCUGCGGCCCAGCAGAGGAGAGAGUCCUUCUCACUGGCUUGCACGCUGUAGCAGAUAUCUAUUGUGAAAACUGUAAAACCACCCUGGGUUGGAAAUAUGAACAUGCAUUUGAGAGCAGUCAGAAGUAUAAAGAAGGGAAGUUCAUCAUCGAGUUAGCCCACAUGAUCAAGGACAAUGGAUGGGAGUGAUGCAGAGGGCAGGCAUCAGCCAGAGCCUGGGUCUGGGGUCUGCCAGGCAGACAAGGCCACCAAGUCUCUGGACCUCGGAUGGGCCCAGGCUUACUGUGGGCCUCAGGACAACUCCUGAGGUCUUGCUCUACCCUCCCUGUGUGUCUGUACAAAGAGGGGCCAGUUGUUGUUAGCUGAUGUUUUCCAUUGGACUAUUUUGAACUUCUCUGGUCAAAUGAACUCAGUGGUGAUUCCUUCUCCUA